GACGCACCGUGGCACACACACGCCUCUAUACCUGCAGCCGGUGCGCACCGAACGCCUCUUCACCAAAUGCCACCAGCGCGUCAGUGCCGCGCGCGCCGGCACGAGACGAGCAACAUCCAGCGGUGCCUUGACUAACACGAUCAUACGUAUUAUUUAUACCUGUUGUAAUGUAAUUCGUUGUUAAAAAAUACCAAGAGACUCCCCGGUGUCACCCUCGCGCCCCCCCCCACCCUCCUCCCCCCAAACACCGCGCGCCGUUUCGCGGUCAGAACGGACUUCUCCGCGCGGAGUUCUCACGUCUCGUUCCUGCGCGGACCGCUGUGCGAGCACGUGAAGGCAGAUGGACGACAAUGAAGAGGUUAACCACACCUUUGAAAAAAAGCGGACGUCUCUCCAUUAGCCUCUUGACCAGCUUCGUUGCGCAUUAAGAUGCGCCCCGCAGAAGAGGAGUUGGGUGAGGAACUUUUUACGCUCUUUUUGGCACACAGUUUCCAGUGAAGAAAACAGGUACCCCCCCCCCCCCCCUUAUGCAUUUAAGAAAGAAUCCAACUCGGUGUUGGCUGAGCUCGUCGGUCAUUUAAACGUCGCUGGGGGAAACUCAUUGAGGAUUUGCUGCCUUCACCUAUGACGGUUCGUCUAUCACGGAUCCAACUGGCCCUGUUCUUCAUCCUGCUGUGUCCGGUCAACAUCAUCGGACUCUGGUGGGCGGUGGGCAGUUCGCUGGUCAUGGACCCCAACAGCAUUUGCAGGAAGGCAAAGCGCCUGCCGGGGAAGCAGGCCGAGCUGUGCCAGACCCAGCCGGAGAUCGUCAGCGAGGUGGCCAAAGGAGCCAGGCUGGGCGUCAGGGAGUGCCAGUACCAGUUCAGGUACCGCCGGUGGAACUGCACCAGCCACAACAAGUACUUUGGCAAAAUACUGCAGCAAGAUAUCAGGGAGACUGCGUUUGUUUAUGCCAUCACGGCGGCGGGUGUGACCCACGCCGUGACCCAGGCCUGCAGCAUGGGAGACCUCCUGCUGUGUGGAUGCGAGGCGACCAGGAACCGAGCCCCUCCGAGGCCGCCCUCGUCCUCCACUACCGGAGACGGAGUCAAGUGGGAGUGGGGGGGCUGCGGAGACGAUGUGGAGUUCGGUUACGAAAAGUCAAAACAGUUCAUGGACGCCAAGAGAAGACGGGGAAAGAGUGACAUCAGGACGCUCAUCGACCUGCACAACAACGAAGCCGGGCGGCUGGCGGUGAAGCUCUACAUGCGGACGGAGUGCAAGUGCCACGGCCUGUCGGGGUCGUGCACCCUGCGCACGUGCUGGAAGAAGAUGCCUCACUUCCGCGAGGUGGGGGACCGCCUGCUGGAGCGCUUCAACGGGGCCUCCAAGGUGAUGGGCGGCAACGACGGCAAGACCCUGAUCCCCGUCGGCCAGAACAUCAAGCCGCCAGACAAGCAGGACCUGAUCUACUCCGACGAGUCGCCCGAUUUCUGCCUGCCCAAUCGGAAAACCGGCUCGCUCGGGACGCGGGGGCGCAUGUGCAACAGCACGGCCAUGGACAUCAGCGGCUGCGACCUGCUGUGCUGCGAGCGCGGCUACCGGGAGGAAACAGUGGUGCUGGAGGAGAACUGUCUCUGUCGGUUCCACUGGUGUUGUGUGGUCCAGUGCAAGAAGUGCUUGGUCCGAAAAGAGCUCAGUGUGUGUCACUGAUGAACCGAAGGGGUCGAUUUCCGUGUGGAUCGUUUUAUAUCUGUUUUCACAUUAGUCACAUUCAGUGUGCCCCCCCCCCC